AUGAGCGUCGUGUGGACGUCCGUUUUCGUGACGUGUGGUUGGCUUGCGUUAGUCGGAACGACAUCACUCAGUACCAAAUACGAACCGACAUGGAAAAGCCUGGAUUCACGACCCCUACCAAAGUGGUACGAUGAGGCAAAGGUGGGCAUUUUCGUGCACUGGGGCGUGUACGCGGUGCCCAGUUACGGUACCGAGUGGUUCUGGAUCAACUGGCAGGGUUCAAAGGUACCCGAAUACGUCCAGUUCAUGCGUGACAACUACCGGCCUGGCUUCACCUAUCAGGACUUUGCAAGUGACUUUACGGCGGAGCUGUUCAAUGCAACCGAGUGGGCUGAUCUAUUCGCUCAGUCUGGUGCACGGUACGUUGUACUGACGAGCAAACAUCACGAGGGCUACACUCUUUGGCCCUCGGCACACACCUUCGGUUGGAACUCCGUAGACGUGGGACCACACCGGGAUAUCGUAGGCGAGCUAGCCGGAGCUGUCCGCGCCACUGGACGACUAAAGUUUGGUGUCUACUACUCACUGUUCGAGUGGUUUAAUCGGCAGUACACAUCCGACAAACUACACGCGUUCCUAAAGCGUGAGUACGUCGAUGGAAAAGUGUGGCCAGAGCUACAGCAACUCAUCAACACGUACCGACCGGAGGUACUUUGGAGCGAUGGUGACUGGGAAGCUCCCGACGGCUACUGGAAGGCGAAGGAGUUCCUCGCCUGGUUGUACAACGACAGUCCGGUACGGGAUAGUAUUGUCACGAAUGAUCGCUGGGGUAUGGGUACACUCUGUUUGCACGGUGACUUCCAUACGUGUUCGGAUCGAUUCAACCCAGGUGUACUGCAGAAGCACAAAUGGGAAAACGCUAUGACACUCGACCGGAAGAGCUGGGGCCACCGAGUCAACGCCCGACUGGAGGACUUUGUGACCACGACCGAACUGAUUGGCGAACUCGUCACCACUGUUAGCUGUGGUGGCAAUAUCCUGAUCAACGUUGGCCCCACAAAAGCCGGCACGAUCGAUGCGAUCUUCGCUGAAAAGCUCGUCGGCAUGGGACGGUGGCUUCACACAAACGGACAGGCGAUCUACGGUUCUCAACCAUGGGAAUACCAGAACGAUACCCUCACUGGAAGCGUCUGGUAUACGACAAGUUUGGCUGACAGUUCUACCAGUUUCCGCACGGUCUUCGCGAUUGUCCUGGAGUAUCCCUACAAGACGAACAGUGUGCGACUGGGGGCUUUCGAGAACCAAGUGACGAAGAUCGUUCAAAUUAUGAUGCUGGGCUACGGAACCGCUCUCAAGGUAGGGAAGCGCGAAAAAACCGCGAUCCAACGACUGAUCCUUCGUGAUUCUUCUUUUAAGUGGCAACCGACGGACGAUGGCAUUUUGGUAGAAUUCCCGCCAAAGAAUGAGCUCGAUCGGCUCACUCUGCAUCACGCAUGGACACUGAAAAUGACGCUGUCCUCGCAUUGGUCACUGCACGAGUGACCCCAGUGUAUGACCCCGUUUGGAAAGGGUUUCCCAGGGCCAGCUCGGAAGCGGCUAAUUACGGCUGGAGCGCCCGCACUUUAAUUUAGACGGCAAUAAAACGAACGACGGUUA